UAAAAGGUAUUACUAAGCUUCCGCAGUCUGUCUGUCCGUCUGUACAUCAAUCCGUCCGUGUCUGAGUCCGUCUGUGUGUCCGAAAGUCCAUCCGUUCGUCUGUCAACAAGCUGUAUCUCAUAAACAAUGAUAGGUAGAAAGCUGAUUUUUUAAAAAGAUAUCAAAAUUUCAAACAAAAAGUCAACAGUAUUUAUCAUUCACAUUCAUCAAUGAAAAAACGGAUUUUUUUCAGACGUGAGACGCAGCGUGUUCCAUUUUUUAGUCCCCACGAAUUUUAUCUAUUUGAAUUUUCAACAAAAUCGUUAGAAACGUUUUCGCAAACGCUAGGAAUAUAUUCAUGAAUAUUGCUAGUUUAAUAGAGUUGGAAUAGAAUACUUUUAUAGAUUGUCCCUAAUAAAACCGUUUAUCAACAAUUUAUAAUGCGGCAGACUUUGAAUCACUUUACGACAUUUAGUUACUCUGUAGAGAUAAAUUUUAUGUUUCACGUUCAAACACAAUUCAUACAUUUGAAUGUGUCAUUUUGCGGAAGCACGCCAGCUAAGCGUGUCCGUGGCCUUUGUUUUACUACAGUUUCACGAAAAUAUAACUGCGAUAUACAAACAAAAUCGUAGAUAACAUGUGUGCUAUGGGUUUAUUUCAGAACAGACGUUAGAGAAAAGUCGUCGUAUAUUUAACAAUUUUCUAACUGGAUCGACUACACACAUCGUUUGAAUAAGGUAACAAAAUCAGAUAAAAUGAAGCCAAUAAUGAAGAAAGGAGAAGAUUUUAUCCCCCCAGAUGGAGGGUGGGGUUGGAUGAUUAUAUUCGCAGCAGGAUUUUCAAACCUAUCGGCGCUUCCAUUCCUGCAGCAGUUUGGUCUCCUCUUCAGGGACAAAUUCGAACGUCUGGGCAUCAGUAGCUCGGAAACUACCACUAUUAUAAAUAUUCAUUCUGCUAUGAACUCUUUCGUCGGAUUGGCGAAUGGUCCUGUAUUUAGAACAUUUAGCUACAGACAGGUAUCGCUGACUGGAGCAACAGUAGUAGUCAUCUCUCUUAUGUUGACUACGUUCUCCUACAACUUUAUUACGUACCUCAUAACUUUUUCAAUUUUAUACGGAGCUGGAUAUGGUAUUAGCAGUUCUGCUAAUGCGCUCGCUUUAAAUACUUAUUGGAAAAACAGAAGAAGGUUAGCAACGAGUUUAUCUUGGACCACCACAGGACUUGGACCAAUGUUAUGGCCACAUAUUAUUACACUUUUAAUAGCUUCUUUUGGAGAAAAUGGAACUUUACUGAUCAUAAGUGCAAUAUCACUUCAUGCUAUAGCAUGUGCACUUUUACUUCAACCAGUUGAAUGGCACAGCAAACCUGUGCCGCAAGUAGAGGAAGAAGGAAAAAAAUUAUUAAAAGAUAAAAAUAAAGAAGACGAUGAAGCAUCUAAAAAUAAGUUUAAUAACAAAAAGAAUGGAGGUUAUUUUAGCUCAAUAGCAAAAUUAAAAAACAUGAGCGCUUUUUCUAGUCAAUACCUUUAUAAUGAAGAUGACCCUCUAACACCUGGCUAUGAAAUCACAGAUCCAGGUACACCUAUGAUGUUGCGUGCUAAUGAUGGAUACUUUAGUCAAUCAAGACAGUCCCGAAGUAAGGUUUCUUCCAGAGAAGCGUCUACUAAAACUUCAAGAAUAAAUUCAGCUAAACCAUCGAUGGCCAAUUUAAACGAAUACCGCUCACAAAAAUCUUCUACUUUGUAUUUAAAUGAUUCUAAGAAAAACUCUUCUGCAAAUCUCAGAGCUCCAGAACAAGAAAUGAAAAGUAAACCGAAGCGUCAAACAUCUCUUAUAGUUCGCGCGCAAAUUCCAGAAUCAGAAAUAGAAGAUUUUCCUACACUCAAAGCACCACACGACUUAAAAGCUGAAGAAAAGGCCGUUGUUGAUACUAUUGAUCCGAUAGAGGCAAAAGAUAUAGCAGAAAAAGCAGAAAAACAUAUGACUAAUAGCAAAAGUGUAAUUUCAUUCAAAAAAGACUAUCAGUAUGAGGAAAAAUCUUUAAAAGACAAUCAGAGCAGCGUUUCGCUAAAUAAUUACGACGAUUUAAGUGAAAUAAAAUAUAUGAAAGAUAAUCACAGCAAUCAAUCCAAAAUAAGAAGUCGAAAAAAGUCUAAUAAUUUUAAUUACGAAAGCGAAGUAUUAAAACAGGCUUCAAAGAAAUUAGAGCAGUAUUUGAAUGAAAAAGAAAAUACCGACCAAGGCACUAAAGUAAACAUAGUUAUUAAUGACGAGACAGACGACGAAGACGAUAAUAUUUUUAAACAAAAAAAAGGGAACGAUGAAGUGGAAGAAAAGGAGUUAACAUUUUGUGAAAAAAUCUAUUUAUUCUUUGAUUUAGAUCUUCUGAAAGAUUAUACAUUUAUUAAUCUAAUGUUAGGAAUGACAUUAGCUAGUUUCAAUGAACUUAAUUUUUCGAUUUUAACCCCAUUUAUUCUUGGAGACUAUGGAUUUACCAAACCUGAGGUGGCAUUUUUUAUGUCACUAUUAGGUGGAAUAGAUAUUUGUGUCAGAUUUUGUAUUCCCUUCUUUGCUGGAAAAGUUGGAUGGGAAAAUAAUUCAUUUUUUUUAUUUGGCGUCUUAACUAUGGCCAUGGGAAGAGUAGUGUUGGCCUACAGUCAGAACUACAGCUUGGUGCUUUUUGUGGCAGUAAUAAUAGGUUUCGGGAAAGGUUUGAGGACCGUGUUCGUCGCACUGGUGAUACCCACUCAUGUACCACUUCACAAGUUACCAGGUGCAUCCGGAUUGCAACUAAUUACUUCUGGUAUUGUGUGUGUCGCAUUGGGACCACUCGUUGGUUGGAUCAAGGACAAUGCAUCAACGGGAGUCCUGUUACAUAGCUUAAACAUCCUUACUUACCUCACCGCUGUGUCAUGGGGACUAGAGAAAUACAUAAGAACGAGACGACAGAAGGUUUCCAACGAAGAAUUAACGCAAUCCUGAAAUUGAACUACAUCUCCGAUCAAUGAACUACACAUUAUUCGAAUCACAAAUAUUUGUUUGAAGUUGCAGGUUAAUGAUCGAGGUAGCUUCAGCCUUUAUGCCAAAGUUAAAAAAGUAUUACCUACAUACGUAA